UAAUACCAUGAAUACCGUUAACACUAGGUCGAUGGGAGCAUGCGUGUACCUCGUGAGCGAUGUACAACAGUGACAACGUACGUUGUCACAGUGAGUCACAGUGUCUGUUGACUGUGUUGUCGCAUGCAUGCAGGAGACACAACUAGCUGGACGGCCUUGCCAACGUCUCCUCGAUCCCCUGCUCGUCCCACCGAGUUUUCCGGGUCACCAUCCCAUUCCAUCCCUCACCUUUUCCGGGAUUCCUGUGCGCUAUCAGCGCCAAGUCACCUGCUGGUGUCGAUCGCUGGGUUGAAAUCGUGCCGAGACGCUACUUUCCACUGGUUCCAAUCACGUCAGAACAAAUCCGAAAUAGCUUUGCGUUGAGCUCGCCGGCGACAUGGCGCAGAUUAGCGCAGACUUCCUUACCGAGCAGUACCUGUACGUGACACGAAGUGUACUUCCAUUCUGCGAGCGCGCUUCGGAUGUACAUGUAGUCACACGGCACUACCACAAUGUUGAAAUAAAUGAAAGGAUAGCGACCAGAAAUUCAACAAUCUCUCCUCCUCCAUGCGCUCUCAGCCGACACUUUGCUACCCUCGGUAGCUCGGUACCGUUCACAAUUUUAUUGAUAACGACCAGAAGCAAAGCAAAGCAAAGCAACCUUGCUACUUUGGUGGUGCUAUGGCGUCUGCAGAGAACGACGAUGUCGUUCUGGAAGAGGAGUGUGAAGAUCCCUCUUCAGAAGAAACUCCUGACCGGGUCGUCGUCCUGUUUGGUCGCACUGGCGUUGGGAAGUCAACAGUGGCAAGCGUCCUGGCUGGACGGCCCGGUUGCUAUGCAGAGUCGUCAGGAAUAGCAAGUCAAACUAAGGGCAUUAAGUCGAGACUAUUUCGAGUUCGACUGCGAGGAGAAACCUAUGUGUUGAAAAUUAUAGACACAAUGGGCCUAGGUGACACUGGACUGGAGAACAACGAUGUGGACGUCGUCAGGCAGCUGGUACACCUUGUCAGAGAGUGUUCCGGUGGCAUCCACCAGGUCAUGUUCGUCACAGAAGGACGGUUUACAGAAGUCCAGCACCAAUGCUUCAAGCUACUUCAGCGUGUGCUCUUCACUGAAGACGUUCUCGGCUACACGUGUGUUGUGCGUACGUUCUGCGACAAGUUCGAGGAAGCAGAGGAGGAGGCAAGGGUACGUACCAGCCUUUGCGAGCAAUCGGAUCUCAUGGAAAAGAUCAAACACUUUAUUCUCGUGAACUGUCCUCCUACGGAAAGAGAGAAGACUCGCGAACUGUACAGGGAAGACCGACGCCUCUCCCGUUGCAAGUUACUAGAGCACUUGAUCGACAAUUGCAAAGAGGUAUUCAAACCAGGCCAUCUCCAAGAAGCCAGCGAACGGAUAGAGAAGUAUGAUGAAGAAGGCUGGAGACUGCAAAUGCAACGCAAAGAAUUGGAAAAACAAUAUGAAGAGCUAAAAGAAUCCACAGCUAAGCGCGAAGAGGAGGUAAAUGCGUUGCAUCUUAAACAUAAGCAUGCCAUUGCUAGCAUUAUGGAUCAACUUAAGACCGUACACGAGGAGUCAGAUGCAGAACGCAGAUCACUGGAAAAGAGACUGGAGGAGGCUAAAGACGAGCAACACAACAGACAGGGCCGCGCCAGGGAAGCAGCUCAAGAGCAUUCUCUGACUAUCCAGGAAAUGAAAUCCAAGUGCGAGCAAUUGCGUGUGGAAGUCGAAGAGGUCGGAAGAAAAUCUAAAGUUGAGUUCGAGUCACGCUUGAAGGAGGCCAUACGUGCUGACGAAGACAGUUACCGUCAAGCCAUUCGCUCCAUGAGUUGGCUGAGGAGACUUUGGUACGCCACAAAGUGAAUCACAGAUCGGAAGCGUUUGUAUCAUCAGCCGGCUAUUCUUUCCUUUGUAUUUUUGCGCUGUUUUGUGUAUGUGUGUGUGUGUGUGUGUGUGUGUGUGUGUGUGUGUCUGUGUCUGUGUCUAUGUGUGUGUGUGUGUCUGUGUCUGUGGGGGGGGGGGGGAUGGCGCAGGGCGUAUUCCGCUCAACCAGUACCGCGAUCGGCUCAGCGUGACACUUCUGUGCUCUGCGAUGUCUGCCAGCGUGCUUUCGCCCACCAGAAAUACAAGAAUCGCCACAAGUGCCUGGCCGAGAGGAGGAAACCGGUAUCUGAUCAGUCCGGCAGCCGACUAUGUAAUGCGUGCGAGAGAUGGUUUUUGAGUGCUGGCGGGCGGGCUAGCUUCGCAUAAGUGUCUCUCCAACUCGGCUGCUGAAGUGGCCUCGGCAUCGGUCUCGGCUGUGGCAUCGGCAGACUCGGUCCGGAAACAGCGGGUUGCCCUGCCCUGCUGCAGAGCGCAUUGUCUCGGCUGCGGUCGCUGCUGCAAGUCAUCCCGUGGUUUCGACCUGCAUAGCUGUGCUAAGUAAUAGUUCCUGUCCAAGAAGUAGAGCGGCGUUUCUGGAUCCAAUGCUGAACUCAGUGCUGUCGACCCCUGCACAGGGGACACGUGACCGUUUGAUGGCAGUGUUACCAAGGACCAAGGCGUGUGUGUUCGGUCCAUCGUGGGUAUCGGCCGUCGUCAACUGUGGGAUGAUCGGAUCUCAACGGCCACAUUAGCGGCUACAUUCGGUGUUGACCCUGACAUCACCAGCAUCAUCCGUCGCGACCGACUUCGUUGGCUGGGUCAUGUCAGCAGGAUGGACGACUCACACGCACCGAAGCAAUUGCUGUUCGGCGAGCUGCCUGCCCCCCCCCCCCCCCCCCCCGUCCUCUUCACGGCCCGAAGAAGAGGUGGCGAGAUGUGGUGUCGACUGACCUGGCAGACCUCGGCGUGACCAACUGGCUUGAGAGUUGCCAAGAUCGUCCCGGCUGGAGACGAGUUGCGAGUAGCACUCCACCGCCACGGCCCGCUCCUGAUCCUGUUCUCUGUGGACGCCCGUUUCGUCGACCAGGAGACCUGAAACGACAUGCCAAGUUCUGCGCUCGUGUUCUCACUUGAACUUUCCAACAUUCACUAUCAUUGUGUACGCAAUGGGCAAGGGCAAGGUCAAGGUGUGUGUGUGUGUGUUUGUGUGUGUGUGUGUGUGUGUGUGUGUGUGUGUGUGUGUGUGUGUGUGUGUGUGUGUGUAUGUGAUGUGUGUGCGUGUGUGUGUGUGUGUGUAUGUGUGUGGUAUGUUUUUUUACCAGCUAAAUGUAUUGUCUUUCAUUAGAAUCAUUACUGUUGCAUCCGUAGCUUGGCUAGUCCCUCGAGUUUCCGUGAUAGUAAUGAUAAUAAUAAUAAGAGAAGGCAAGGCGUAGGGCUCCUUUCUUGUUUCUACCAGUACCACCCACCCAUUCCAACUGACCGUGAUACUGGUACAGUACAUGUAUACGAUCCCUGUAUACAUGUACAGAAUGGACUCUGCCUUUUCACGCGAUUGCCGCCAGGCAAGCUCUGGGCGUCUCGCCAAGUGUCAUUGUUUGUUUUACAUGCGUGCAGUAACUACUUCACUCGCCCUUGGUAGUUCACACUAUUGAAACACUCUUAGAUCUUCUCAUUUUCAUUUCUUUCUUCUUCUCUCCCUUUUUCACACCUCGCCUUUAUACUUCGCACUAUCUUCUGGACGUACUUACACGUUUGCUUCCUCGCAUAGCUUCUAUAAUUGAGGCGACUUUUCCUGAUGAGUGUCUCAUGAAAAUCGAGUUGGAAAACUUUCAUGAACAUGUA